GCACACACGUACACAGACGCGCCUCACCCUUGUCUUUCUUCUCCUUUCUUUCUUUCUUUGUUUUUUUGCAUUUUUUCUUGCUUGACAAGAGCGGGGAAACCGGGAGUAAGAGAAGGAGAGCGUAGGGGAGAGAGGUCGUGGGUAACGGAAGAAGCCCAAGGAAGAAGAGGGAGGCGACGGCGGAACGGGGAGGUGCCGAGAGAUAUCCGGGAGGGUGAGAGGUGGCACGGCGAGCGGGAGAGGCGAGGGAGAGAGAGGCGAUGGGGGGUUUGGCUCGAGGAAGUAUCGGGAGAACAGGGGAAUUUUCCCCUCCUCUGUUCUCGGUUUAAGGAAGCCACAGGGCACCGCCUAAGGGGCGGGCCCCGCAGGGUUGAGUUUGGGUUUUGAACCGGCCCGAGGCAUCACAUUCCCCUUCCGUGAUGGCCUUUCUCCUCCGCCGCCGCCUGCGCCCUCCGGUUGGCCGCCGCUUCUUCUCGUCUCAACCGUUCUCUCCGCCUCCCAACGCUCCCCGCCGCCGUGUCGUGGUCACAGGUUUGGGGAUGGUCACCCCGCUCGGGUGCGGGGUGGAGCGCACGUGGAGCCGGCUGGUGGACGGGCAGUGCGGCAUCCGGGCGCUUGUGCCCGCUGAUCUCAAGAUGGCCGGCUUCGAUGAAGCCACGGUGAUGUACACCUACGAGCAGCUCGCGUCCAAGGUCGCCGCCAUCGUGCCCUGCGGCAAAGAGGACGGAGAGUUCGAUGAGGAACAAUGGCUUCAAUCCAAGGAUUAUAGAUCCAUAGCAAGAUUUAUAGCGUAUGCACUAUGUUCAAGUGAUGAGGCUCUUAGAGAUGCAAACUGGCUGCCAAUUGAAUUUGAAAAGAAGGAAAGAACGGGUGUUUCCAUUGGUGGGGGGAUUGGAAGCAUUUCCGACAUUUUAGAUGCAGCACAAAUGAUCUGUGAGAAGCGUUUACGCAGGCUUAGUCCGUUCUUCAUACCUAGAAUAUUAAUCAACAUGGCAUCAGGCCAUGUCAGCAUGAAAUAUGGAUUCCAGGGUCCCAAUCAUGCUGCUGUGACAGCUUGUGCCACAGGGGCUCAUUCUAUCGGGGAUGCUACAAGGAUGAUUCAAUUUGGAGAUGCAGAUGUUAUGAUAGCAGGAGGAACGGAGUCUAGUAUUGAUGCUCUAUCAAUAGCUGGAUUCUGUAGGUCAAGAGCAUUGGCUACGAACAACAACUUUCUCCCGCAUGCAUCUUCUCGACCGUUUGAUUGCAAAAGAGAUGGAUUUGUGAUAGGUGAAGGCUGUGGAGUAAUGGUGUUGGAGGAACUUGAUCAUGCAAAGGAACGAGGAGCAAGAAUUUAUGCAGAGGUUCGAGGCUAUGGGAUGUCAGGUGAUGCUUAUCACAUAACUCAGCCGCACAACGAUGGAAAGGGUGCUGUUUUGGCAAUGACACGUGCAAUAGAACAGGCAGGGCUUCAUCCAAAUCAAAUAGAUUAUGUAAAUGCUCACGCAACAUCAACACCUCUUGGUGAUGCUGUAGAAGCCAGUGCAAUAAAAUCUCUAUUCUUAGAUCAUGCAACAUCAGGUGCUCUAGCACUGUCCUCCACAAAGGGGGCCACUGGUCAUCUACUUGGAGCAGCUGGGUCAGUGGAAGCAAUCUUUGCUGUUCUGGCCGUCCACCGUGUACGCUUGAUAAUUUUCAUAAUCCUUUAGGCAAACUUAUUUUAGGGAAUUGCUCCACCAACAUUGAAUCUAGAUGAACCAGACCCAAUUUUUAAUGGUACAUACAUGCCAUUAUGUGCUUCGAAGAAGAUGCAAAUAAGAGCUGCACUCUCAAAUUCUUUUGGCUUUGGUGGAACCAAUGCAUCCUUGUUGUUUACCCAACCCCCUUAGCAUGACUGCCUAAGACCGUAAGUUAAAAAUUCUUUUCAAAUCAUUAAUAAUUGUUCAUGCUCCCAUAUCGAUGGGACGGUUUCAGGAGUUGGGAAUUGCUGCUGCCUUGCAAUAAUAUAUUGGUGAUUAAGCUCGGAGUGGUGGCUGGAACUUAUGUCCAGGUUUGACCACGAUUGUAUUAAGAUCGGGAUUAGGAGAAUAUGAUGUCCCACGACGGGAUGCUCAUACUUUCGAGAAUUUAUUCAUUUAUUUCUGAUCCAUCCUAGAAAAAGCUGUAUUUUUUCUCUCAUAAACUAUUAGCUGUAUUCUGAGCAGUAAAAUUUUGACUGGAGUUGUUUGUUUGUAUAAUAAAAAUAUUUUGUCCGGUGAUGGCCAGAGAUGGAACCAUCUUGGCGGCCACUAUAGUGUUGCCAUUUGGGAGACCAUUUUGUUAGGUUCUCAAUUUAAAUAUUAUUUUAAAGUUUUUGUGACCA